CCUCUCCCGUCGACGCCAUAUUGCCCUCAGCUGGAGGAACUCGGGAGGGUCUUGAGAGAAAUUUAAAAACACACGGCCAGUAUUUCUCUCUCCAGUCUACAACAAAUGGACGCAAUGGCAAGCCCAGGCAAAGAUAACUAUCGAAUGAAGAGCUACAAGAAUAAAGCCCUGAACCCCCAGGAAAUGCGGAGACGGAGAGAGGAGGAAGGGAUACAGCUCCGUAAACAGAAGAGGGAGGAGCAGCUGUUCAAGAGGAGGAAUGUGUCUCUACCACCUGGUGAAGAGUCCAUGCUUGAAUGCCCCAUUCAGGAUCCUGAUAUCAGCUCCACUGUACCUGUAUCAGGUGAAGGAGUCAUAACUCAAGACGUGAUUCAGAUGAUCUUCUCUGAGGAUCCAGACCAGCAGCUAAUAGCCACUCAGAAGUUUAGAAAGUUACUCUCUAAAGAGCCCAAUCCUCCCAUUGAUGAGGUCAUCGGCACACCUGGUGUCGUCAACCAAUUUGUUGAAUUCCUAAGAAGGAGUGAUAACUGCACACUGCAGUUUGAAGCUGCAUGGGCCCUGACCAACAUUGCCUCAGGGACCUUUCAACACACCAAGGUGGUCAUUGAGACUGGAGCUGUGCCCAUUUUUAUAGAGCUGCUCAACUCGGAGUAUGAGGAUGUACAAGAGCAGGCCGUGUGGGCGUUAGGAAAUAUUGCUGGCGAUAACGCAGAAUGCAGAGAUUACGUCCUCAACUGUGGCAUUUUGCCCUCUCUUCAGCAGUUGCUUGCAAAGUCAAAUCGUCUCACUACCACCCGAAACGCAGUGUGGGCCCUGUCCAACCUGUGCAGAGGGAAAAAUCCCCCUCCGGACUUCGCGAAGGUGUCACCCUGCCUGAGUGUGCUCUCCAGAUUGCUCUUUAGCAGCGAUCCUGACGUCCUCGCAGAUGCUUGCUGGGCUCUUUCAUACCUGUCAGACGGACCCAAUGACAAAAUCCAGACAGUCAUUGACUCAGGCGUGUGCCGCAGACUGGUGGAGUUGCUCAUGCACAGUGAUUACAAAGUGGUGUCUCCUGCAUUGAGAGCAGUGGGAAACAUUGUAACCGGAGAUGAUAUUCAAACCCAGGUGAUUCUGAACUGCUCCGCUCUGCCCUGCCUGCUCCAUUUACUCAGCAGUCCAAAGGAAUCCAUCAAAAAAGAGGCCUGUUGGACCGUCUCUAAUAUCACCGCCGGGAACAGAGCGCAAAUUCAGGCGGUGAUUGAUUCCAACAUAUUCCCAGUGUUGAUUGAGAUAUUGCAGAAAGCUGAGUUCCGCACCAGGAAGGAGGCUGCGUGGGCGAUAACCAACGCCACUUCAGGAGGCACUCCAGAGCAGAUCAGGUAUUUGGUCUCUCUCAACACAAUAAAGCCCAUGUGUGACCUGCUCACGGUGAUGGACUCGAAGAUCGUGCAGGUGGCUCUGAACGGUCUGGAGAACAUCCUCAGACUGGGAGAACAGGAGUCCAAGCAGAACGGAACGGGCAUCAACCCUUACUGUGCCCUCAUUGAAGAGGCUUACGGCUUGGACAAGAUUGAGUUCCUGCAGAGCCACGAGAAUCAGGAGAUUUACCAGAAGGCCUUUGACCUGAUCGAGCACUACUUUGGCGUGGAAGAGGAGGACGCCAGCAUCGUCCCGCAGGUGGAUCAGAAUCAGGGCCAGUACAUUUUUCAGCAGUCUGAGGGACCGAUGGAAGGCUUUCAGCUCUAACCUUCAUCCGUGCUCUAUUAGCCAAGCAUCCUCCAUCCUGCCCGGAGUCUCCUCUUUGUCCUCUGCAGCACAGGUGUCCAGCUCCAGAGACCCUGACACUCACAGCAGGGAAGACUCCUGCGCACCCCCAAAACGACCCACCUAAUCUUCCAUUUCCAUCCGGCCCCAUCUUCCAAGCUCCUUUAUCGAGAGAGAUCAUGCAGAAGGAAGGCAAAAGCUGUAGUCGAAGUCCUGUUUUGACAUACAAAAAGCAUCUUCUCAUUGUUGUUGUUAUUAUUGUUCUUAUUAGGCACUGGUGUCCUGCAAAGUAAACUUUACUCCAUAUCCCUUGAGAAAUGUGAAACUACCUCUUCAAUCAGAAAACGAAGUGUGUGACAGACACCCAGCCUUUAGCUCCGACAGUUCUCUGCUCUUGUGAAGUAAAUGCUUCUAUGCAAACAGUUGUGUGUUCCUGCGUGGCAGAAUUCACACAGUCUAACGUACUCUUUGGCCAGACAGAGUAAUGUAUUUGCAUUGAUACAUUUGCGUUUGGAUGAAUUCCCCGACUUUGUGUGCAAACGCGCCCAUCGUUCAUGUCGCACUGUGUUUGUUCACAGUGUAUCCCGAGGGCAUGUCAUGAUUAAUUACACUAUUUAUUCUGACGUUUUUGACCUGGGAGAUUCAGAGCCGUAUUUAUUGUGCUUUUUGGGAGGAAUCGGUCUGUUGUGUCCGACCAGGCCACUUCCUCUCAGCGCCCGCUUUGCUAAUGCUGUUAAAGCGUUAAAAGCGUUGCAUGCAAUUAUUUAAGUGUGGUCAUGUGAUCACUAAGAUGCAGUUGUUUGUAUGUAUGCGUAUCAUUGAGGGUAUGUUUUUUUUCUCAUCUCACCUGAAGGUGUUUUUUUUUUUGUGCGGACUGGCUUUAAACUGAUUUAUUUAAUGAUGGCAUUAGUGUUGAGAUGUAGUUAAAUGUGUAUAUUAUAUAUACAUUGAGGGUAGGAGGAGAAGGUUUUUCAGUGAAAUGGUCUUGGUGUGCAGUGAAAUAGUUGUGUAAGGAAAGCGUCUUUCGUUACAUUUGUUCAUUCAGAGAGCUUUUCUUCAUAUGUCCCCACUAGCGCUCACAUAUCUUUUCCUUUAAGGAAUUAUUUUAAUUCUUGUGAUUGUAAUUUCUUCCUUUAUUUUAAACGCUUCAUCUGAAUUUACAUGCAUUUGUAAUUCCUCUCAAGUCUUUUGUUUUUGGUGUGUUGAUUUACUUUGUUCAGCCCAUGACUUGCACCCAUUUUUUUUGUUUUAUUGAUUGACCCAAAUAAGAGUUAUAAUAAGGAAAAUUCAUUAUAUUUACAAAGGAAAGAAAUCAUUGAGAUUGUAAAAUGAAACUUUAUCAAGCACAUUGGAUUGUGUAUAGUUUUGUAAAAUUUCUCAUGUUUGUACAAUGUUUUCUAAGUUUGGGUUGUUUUUUUCGCAUCAGGAGAAACCCAUCUGUGUUUUAAGUUAUCAUUGGUACAAACCAACAGUAUAGAGGAGAUCAUUGCUUUCCUCGAGGACAAAUGCUGAUAAUGUGUGAAAUGUAGAUGAAUAAAAUAUUCUGUUACACAUUUAAA